AUGGAAUUGCAGGAGAAUGAGAUUCUUCACGCCCAAACUCACAUAUGCAACCACAGUUUAAACUUCAUAAACUCUGUCUCUCUCAUAUGUGCAGUUGAGCUAGGCAUAGCAGACAUCAUUCACAGUCACGGUCGACCCAUCACGCUUCAACAAUUGGCCCACGCCCUCCGCAUCAACAACGCAAAAGCCGACCACCUUGCUCGCCUCAUGCGCCUCUUGAUUCGUUCCGGCUUCUUUCUUGACGACAAAGAUGGGUAUGCCCUCGCACCUCCCUCGUGUCUUCUCCUUAAGGACCAUCCCUUCUGUAUGGCACCUUUCAUGAAAGGUUCAUAUACCAUAUUUACUGGACCGUGGCACCGUGUCAGUGAGUGGUUCCACAACGAUGAUCCCACGCCGUUCCAAACGGCCCACGGGACAACAUUUUGGGACAGCGCAGCCCAGGAUCCGGAGCUCAGCCGUUACUUUAACCAAGCCAUGGCCUCUGAUACCCUACUUUUGAUGAGCUUGAUGAGGAAGCAUUGUAGGGGAGUUUUUGAGGGGUUGGAUUCCCUAGUAGAUGUCGGAGGUGGCACCGGGAUGGCGGCCAGAGCCAUCGCCGAUGAGUUUCCCGAUAUGAAGUGUACUGUUUUGGAUCUUCCACAUGUGGUUGCCGGCUUAGAAGGGACCAAGAAUUUGACCUAUGUUGCUGGAAACAUGUUUGAGGCCAUACCUCCUGCUCAUGCAGUUUUUCUAAAGUGGAUAAUGCACGAUUGGAAUGAUGAGGAUUGUGUUACAAUACUAAAGAAAUGCAAAGAAGCAAUUCCUAAGAGAGAAAAUGGAGGAAAGGUGAUAAUUGUUGAUGUGAUUUUAGGCGCCACCCAAAAUGGAGAUGAUGAGUCAAUUCAAACCCAACUUUUUAUGGAUUUUCUAAUGAUGGUUUAUUAUGGUGGGCGAGAGAGAACAUUAAAAGAAUGGGUGAAGAUUUUUAAUGAUGCUGGUUUUACCAAUUAUAUAACAAUUCAACUGGGAUCAAGGUCUCUUUUUCAACUCUUUCCGUAGUUCACAACUAGCCUAUCUCAGGCUGUAUAUUAAGAUUAAGUUCUUCAGUUGAAUUGAAGUUUAAUUUGUCCGAUCCUUUGGAGAUUGUUAAGUUUGUAAAAAUGUGUGAUUUGAUAAA